GCAGUGGUGGAGAAGAACGUGUACGUCAUUUUCAUAAUGGCGGAGGCUGGUUGAGGAGGAGUGUGUGUAAGUGAAGCGCCGCCGUAAUCGUUUGAGCUACAUUGCCCGUAAUACGUGCACGGUGCCCGAAAAUGGCCCUGAACCCCAACGCGGUGGGGAGAAGGGACUCAGAAAGUACCGCGACGGACGAAAUGCAGCUGGAGGGAGGCGAACCCUUGAAGAAAUCAGCCGCCACCUCGGCCACAGCCAACCAAAAUGGCGAUCAGCCUGGAUGUGGAGACGGUGUAAUGCCCGAGAAAGAAGCCCCUGAGCGGCGCAGGAGCGUGCAGGCAGAUGCCCGGAGCUUUGGCAGUUCCGCCUCGCAAGGCCAGAGACCGAGCGAGGAGCUGCCACGGAAGAAUUUCCAAAUCCCGAGGAAGAUAAGAGAACGGAAAGGCUUGUACCAGUUCCUGCCCCCUGACAGCCGGGAGUUUGAAGACCUUGUGAAGAUCUUCUCCUCGUUUUACCUCGACUCCUCAUCACGAGGAACCUUCUCCUACUGCAAGGCAAGGCUCAUUCACAAUGAGCUGCUGGAGAAGGAGUUCAUCGAGAAGCGGAGAGAGAUGAAGCAGGAGGGGCGGACGGAACCGGAGCUGACCGAGUCAUACUGCUUCCUUUUCCCAGACAAAUCCAAGCUCCAGUGGAUCUGUGAGAAGGGUCUGUCGGUGGGACACUCCAGGAUUACUACACUAGGAAACAAUUCAACGGGUGUUUAUGUCUCAAAAUAUUCUGAUCUGUUACAAAUCAAUCCCUUCGAAGUGGGCUCGUCUGGAGACAUAAUCAUUUUCAAAGUCAUGAGGGGCCGAAUAAAGCACAUCCAUGAGAACAUGCCUAAGAACGCUAUGGAACCGAAUCAAAAGUUUGACUCUCACUUGUCCAAAAGUGCCAAUAGGGUUACGUCUUUGCUGUCUUACAGGGCUUUUGAGCUCACACAGCAAUAUUUUUUUGAGUUUGCAUUCGAUGAGAUCAAGGCACGACCCAGGCACGUGUGCCCCUACGCUGUGGUUUCCUUUCAGUACAAAGGCAAGGAGGCUGCAGCAACUCCUAUGACUUCACACAGGUUCAACACCAUUUCACCUGAAGGAAGGCGAGGGAAAAGCUGCUACACUGUGUGGAGUGGUGUACUGGUGAACAAGGGCCAGGAGUUAUUCCCAAUCUGUUUACGAUCCUCCUCGCGCUCCUACCUCCCUUACAAACUGCCUGAGAAGCUGUCGCUGAGUCGAGGUAUGCAGCUGGAGCAGGUGAAGCGAAAGAUCCCCUCUGUGCUUUUUUCUUGGGACACUUACAGCGCAUCACGGGAAGUGAUGAGGUGUGGGAUGUCCUGCAGCCUGUUCGAUGUGACUGACGGAAAAGGAAAACCAACCAAUGGUAGCUUGGCAGCGCUGGUCCACAAACUGGAGAGGGACAGGAUGGUGCUGGUGAAGUCCUUGUUUGACAGGGGCUUUCUGUUCCUGUUGUCCUCAUCGCAGAUGGUGGAGUCCAAAGAGCGGCGGGGGCGCGUUGAGAAGAACCUGCAAGCAUUAUUCAUCUUUCAGGAGUCAAGGAUGGUUGUCAAGUAUUCAUCCAGACUGUGCGAGCCAGAGACGCUGGAGCCCAAGCCUGCUACCGUGUCCUCGAUGGAACCUUUCAUCCCCGCUCUUCACUACGCGCUGUUCAAGCUGCGGCCCAACCCUGGCAAGGACCUGAGCUCUGGGGUGGAGCGCCAGGCCACAGACUACCUAACUCGUAUGGAAUCGGGCACGGUGCGACCCUUCAUUCCGCCCGAAUACAAACAAAACGUGGACGAAAGGACCAACCCGCUCCAAGUGCCCAGACCCAAAUUUAACAUGGAAGCCGUGCUGCAUUCUUACGUCAAAAACCCCGCAAACUCGAUUUUACCUCUGAACAAAAUGAAGGACAUCCGUGAAAGGAUACAGCACCCAACACCCAUCCCCACACCUGCCCCGGCCCCAGUGGAAUACAGCCCCGUUUCCGACUGGGGCGGCUCGGACAGGGGCUCAGACCGGGCAGAGAGACCCGCAGAGAGACCCGCAGAGAGACCCGCAGAGAGACCCGCAGAGAGACCCGCGGAGAGGCCUCCUCCAGAGAGGCCCGCACACGAGAAGCCCCCCCCGGACAGCAGCAAGCGGAGACAGGGGUUGGCCCAUUCUAACGGGGCCCAGCCGCAGCCCAAGACGAACAUUGAGACCCCGGCUCAGGCCCCUCAGAAGUUGAAGCUUUCCCACAAUGAGUACGAUAAGGACAAGAUGAAACAGUUGCUCAAGCUGAUCCAGCUUCAUAAGAAGGCACUUCCCCACAAGGAACUGGGAGAGGACGCCAACAGUCUAAAGAGGAAGUUUGAGGGAGAGGAGAUGGGGGGCAUGAACAAACACCAACGCACAGACCCGCAUAGCAACGGGGAACCAAGCAGAGGAGCCACAGCAGAUGAGAUCGUUGAUGAGGGCGGGCAGAGCGACAAUCUGACAGCAGUGAUGGAGAGCAUGGGCAUCUAUGACACGGACCUGAGGGCCCAUGGCAACGCAAACCCCACGGCAGUCAACGACACUCAGCGUCUGCUCAAGAUCCUCCUGGCCACUCUCAACAAAGCCAUGGCUCAGGGUGCGAUGGCGGUGCCGCCAAACCCCGGGGAACCAUCGACAGGUUCAGGGAGGGCUGAGCCGGACCUCACCAAACUAAAUGAGCCUGUACCUCAGACGAACUACACAGAGGAGGACAUGGACUGUAGCCCUGGUAGUCCACUCAGCCUCGGAUCCCCAACAGAGCAAGCUCACGCCUCAGGCAACCCAACAUGGGUUCCCCCCGCUAAUGAAGACAAAGCACGGCCUUUUCCUGAGCCGAAGCCCGAGCCUAAGCCUGAGCCAGUAUCUGUGACGAUGGCAGACAGCUACCCAGAGCCCAAGACCCCCGCAGCGGUGAAAGUAAAAAAGGCGGUCGCACCCCCCACGGUACCAGUCGUAGAGGAAGUUCCCUUCAGGCCCUCCAUCAGCCUGGACACCAUACUCAACCAGGAGAUUCACAGUCUCACCUCUAACAUCAAAAACAUCAUGCAGAUUCAGCACAUUUGCUAUUCUUCGCGGCUCUCCCCGAGGUUGCUCCCUCGCCACAGCUGGCUGCCCAACAGCUGCUUCUCCGACUUUGUGAUACCCUACGUCUCGCCCGUCCCCACUCAAGGGGAGGUCAAAGCACUGUGUGAGAAGAUGGACAAGCUGAUCCCCAGCCCACCUGCUCCCCCCAAGGUCACUUCUCCACCUCCCGCAGUCACGACAUCUAAUCUUACCACACCACCCCCCACCCCCGUACAGACUCCUAAAAGUAAAGCAGACCCCUCCCUGUCAAAAAGCACCCCCUCCUCUCACGGUGGUAAAACGGGCACUGUCAAAGGAUCCGCUAAGUCUAAAUCAGAGGGCUCGUCGGGAAAGGUUAAGGGAGAGCUCUAUUCUCCCUCUCAGGUCACACCAGACUCUCCAGAGCUGAAGACCCAUAAAAAGGACCCUCCUUCUGGGAGUGGACCGGGCCUGCUGGCUGGCAGCCUCAUCGGUCAGCUGAAGCCUGAGGUGUUCAGCAGCCUGGUGGAGAUCUUUAAGGACGUCACCAAGAAUACGGUCAAAUUCUACAUCUACUCCGGGGACGAGGGGGACGAGAGUUCCGUCUGCAAGGAAAUCAAGGACUACUUGAAGAGUCUCGGCAACAGCGAGUGCAGCCCGCAGACGUUUCUGGAGAACAGCAGCAGCUUAGAUAAGCUCCUCAUCAUCAUUCAGAACGAGGACAUCGCUGCACACGUGCACAAGAUCCCAGCACUGGUGUCUUUGAAGAAGUUGCCCUCAGUGAGCUUCGCUGGAGUCGACACUCUGGACGAUGUCAAGAACCACACUUAUAACGAGCUGUUUGUGACCGGAGGCUUCAUGGUGUCUGAUGAGUUCGUCCUCAACCCUGACCUUAUCACGCAGGAUCGUUUGCAGGGGCUGCUGAAGUUCUUGGAAGAGCAGAGCACCCCUGAACACCCCUGGCAGUGGAAGGUGCACUGCAAGUCCCAGAAGAAGCUUAAAGAACUGGCGAGGUUAAACGCCAACGCCAUGGGGCUGCUAAACCUCCUCACCGUGUAUCAGAAGAAGCACCUGGUGGAGUUCCUCCCGUAUCACGAGUGUGACACCCAGUCACGUCAGGCUCCAGACCUGGAAUGCCUGAUCAAGCUCCAAGCUCAGCACACACAGCAACGGCACCUUAUCUUCCUCACAGAGAGGCCAUUUGAGAUGUUCCUGCAGUAUUCCAGAAAUGGGAUUGUGAUAGGGAGCAUUGAUGAUGUUAUGAGCGGUUUCCACAGUCUCAUUGGCUCCAUCAAUCAGAAUGAGCUCCCGACACCGCCCUCCACAGUAGUAAACGCUGAGUGUGUGGAAGAGGAGGACAUGUCAUUAGACUCUGAUGAUGGUGAGUCAAACACCAUAUUGGAUCCCUCAGAGCAGAACAAGGCAGUUCAGAGCGCUCCGCAGCCGCCCCCACCGGAGACGGAGGAGUUUCGUCCUCCGCUUCCAGACCAGCAGGCGACUCCUGAUAGAACUCCAACGCUGUCUGACUACAGUGCUCUCAAGACAGCCAUCUCUCAGUUCAAAGCCACCAACCAGAUGGGAAUAGGCUCUUCAGACAUUGGCAGCUUAUCCCCGGGCAGUUUUCCUGUGAAUCCUCACCAGAGCUUCCUGUGUCCUUCAGCCUCGUGGUCCUCCUACACUGGCUCCUCCAGCUAUGCAGCCUCCCCCGCCUACCCUGCCUCGCCCUGCAGCAGCACCCAGGAGCAGGAGUAUCGGCCUGUCCCAGCUCCAGCCUCUGCCUCAGCAGGACCUCUAGCCAACCUGGCUUCCCUCCCCAUGGAGGUCAGACCCCCUCCUCCACCUCACCUCAUGAUGCUGGGACACACAUAUGGCUCAGACACCGGAGGAGCUGGGCCUUCUGGGAACUCUCCGCUCACCACCACGCAGCCCUACACAGACCACAAUGACUCAGCCCAGCCGGGUUACAUGACCGGCAUUCCAUCACAUGCUGGCGGGACCCCUACGCAACAAGACAGGACACACAUUGGACAUGGGGAGGGUCCAUGGGGGUCAGCAGGUGUCAGUACUUUUCAGACUGCCAGCAGCCAGGGUGGGGUCACUGCUGGCCAACUGGACCCAAGCGGGCUCACUAACACUGGGGAAACCCUCGGAGGAAACACCCCUGGUAGUCAGGGGGGCAGUACUCCGGUGAAUUGCACCAACAACCUUGGAGCCUCUGUGGGCUUACCCACAAUGGCCACCAGGGGGGGCUCGAUGGUCAGACCUAAGCUGCCUCCACAUCUAAUAAGCGCUGUGGGUUAUGGUUGCAUCCCUGGACAGAUGGACCAUGGGCCCAUGAGGGGGGGAAUGGGUCCUGGUUCUUUAGGGGGCUAUCGGGGCAGAGGACUUCCUCCAGUAGGGCUUUGGCCACGGCCUGGACGAGGACAUGAUCGGGGGAACGGGUCUGGAGGUGGACCCUGCUCAUGGGGUUACCCAGCAGGCAGGGGGAGGGCACAGGACUACUACUCAGACUACACAUACACUCACAACUAUCCUCCUGAAUAGACAAUCAUGUUUGAAGGGGCAACACAACAGCCAACCUCCAGAGACUAUAAGUGCUGGCUGAAUGUAAAUAUUUUCUUGUCAUAAACACAUUUAUUUGAAUCAGUAAAUAAGGAUCCUGGUUUUUCUACAUUAAUAAAAAUGGAUACAGGCAGUGCAGAGUGUCCUACUGUUGUGUAAACUGUAUGUACCCUCUUUCCAUGUGAGCUAUUUGAGACACUGUUCAAACCACUAUAUUUAUAUUUGCCAGCAAAUGUUAAUGGCCUUCCAGCUUCUUGGAAUUUAACUUGUAAUUUCUGUUUCAUUCUGUAAUUCCAGGUUUUGAAACGGUAAGGGGAAAGACUGAUAUUUUUUUAAGGAAAGAAAAAAUAGUGAAUGAAAUUUCUCUUUUGCUGAUUGUUUCCUUUUUUUUUCUUUUAUUUUACAUAUUUGGUUGUCCAAAAUUCUAUUGAAAUAAACAAAUCAAGUUGUUUGUGUGACCAGUAUGACAGUGUCAAGCAAACUAUUAAAAAUAUGAAUUAGAACUGUC